AAUAAAUCCUUGCUAGAACCUUUGCUUUGAAUAAGCCUUAUAAUUAUUUCAUAACAUUCAAUUAGUAUAAAGUUAUUAUAUUAAAGUCUCUAGUAGAAAAGUUAUAUAAAUACAUCAUCUCCUAAAUAAAUAAUUUUACUAGAACCUUUGCUUUGAACUGGACAUUAGUUUUCGAACAUUAUAGAUAUAGUAUCUUUAGAGUUUAUUUUCUUUCAUAUGGAAACAUCAAGCCUCAAGAGUCCAGAGAUAUUGUGAACUUUCCUAGUUUUUCUCUAUCCACCAUUUCCCCUUUUUCACUUUUCAGGUCCCAUUAUUCCAAGUGGGAUGAUAACUCGUUUGGCUGCUUGUGACUUCUGAUCUUACUUUUUUUAAAGUCUGCAAUGAACUGAACUUAUUAUUCCAACCUCAAAAAUCUCAUCCCCCUGAAAUGCGAAAAAUAUGCCAUUGUUUUUUUCCAAUGUCGUCAACUCCUCCUGCAGCAGAACCAGAAGCAGCACAAUCCGAGAUUCAGCAGCCAACGUGGGCGGAACUCCUAGGAGGUAACAACUGGCAAGGGCUGUUAGAACCCUUGAACCUCAACCUCCGGCGCCUCAUUUUCCGGUGCGGCGAUUUCUGCCAAGCGACUUACGACGCCUUCAACAAUGACCCGAACUCCAGGUACGCCGGCAGCAGCCGUUAUGGUAAGAAAUCGUUCUUCGACAAAGUCAUGCUGGAAUCGGCUUCCGAUUACCAAGUUUACUGCUUUCUUUACGCCACGGCUCGUGUCGGAAUCCCUGAAGCCAUUCUGCUCCAUUCCCGCUCCCGGGAGUCUUGGGACCGGGAAUCCAACUGGAUAGGGUACAUCGCCACCACCACCGACGAAGCCAGCAGGGCUCUGGGCCGCCGGGAAAUCUACGUGGCCUGGCGGGGAACUUCCAGGGAUUAUGAAUGGAUUGAUGUGUUUAGCGCCAGGCCUGAAUCGGCUGAAAAAUUGUUAAGCCCCAAAUCCUGGAACAAGAAAAACAGAGCAAUUGAAGAUGAUGAUGACGACGACGAUGACAAAGCCCCGAAAGUGAUGUAUGGUUGGCUUACUGUUUAUGUUUCUGAAGAUCCCAAUUCUUCUUUCACAAAAAAAAGUGCCAGAAACCAGCUUAUGAAGAAAAUGAAUGCCUUAAUUGAGCAGUACAAAAACGAGAAGCUCAGCAUUGUUUUUACAGGGCAUAGUCUUGGUGCGACUUUAUCAAUUCUAUCAGCUUUCGAUUUGGUUGAAAAUGGGGUCACGGAAAUCCCUGUCACGGCGAUCGUUUUUGGUAGCCCGCAAGUUGGGAACAAGGAAUUCGGGAACAGGGUCUCAGAAUUCCCGAAUCUGAAGAUUUUGCACGUGAAGAACAAGAUUGAUCUGAUCCCAUUGUACCCGAGUGGUCUAUUCGGGUAUGUGAAUACGGGUACUGUUCUUGAGAUUGAUUCAAGGAAAUCUCCGUAUCUGAAGGAUUCCAGGAACCCGAGCGAUUGGCACAAUUUGCAGAGCAUGUUACACGUUGUGGAUGGUUGGAAUGGGGAAGAUGGAAAGUUUGAGUUGACUGUGAAGAGGAGCUUGGCUCUGGUGAACAAAUCCUGCGGUUUCUUGAAAGAAGAAUACUUGGUUCCAGAAUCAUGGUGGGUUGAGAAGAACAAAGGGAUGGUAAUUGAUGAGAAUGGGGAUUGGAUUCUGGCACCCCCUGCUGAGGAGGACUUACCAGUCCCUGAAGAUUGAGUGAAGAGAUUGACUGUUUGUUCUUGAUCAGAGUUGGUUUGAGUGAAUGGCAGACAGUGAUUUUGAUGUAUUUUAUUGGGUCCAUGUGUGUUUUUAGAUUCUUGAUUUGCAUAUUGAUUUUCAUAAGUAUGAUUGUUGAGAAUGUAACUGUUUUUAAAGUUUUGGGUUAUCUUUCAAGGAGUACAAUUAUAGUGUUACAUUUCUUCUUCAUUUUUAAUUCUCAACUGGUGAACGAAACAGUACUCUAUAUUAACCCUUUCUAGUAUUUCAUUAUUUUGGAAUACAGGUCUUUGAUUUGUGC